GCGCGCAACCGCUCUUCGUUCCAUCGUCCUCACCGCAUUUAAAACGGUCAAGCGUGAACCGCCAAGCAACAGAAUCGUAGCCUUUCUGCUCAUUCCCAGGUGCUUACGAGUUCGGUGCCAACAUCAAGUGUCUCAAAAUGUCCAGCAAAUUUACUAUUCCGGUUACCAUCAUCGGGUAUGGCAGUAGUGCGAGGACUUUUCACCUACCCUUCAUCAAUUCCCUCCCGUCUGUCUUCCGCUUGCAUUCGAUCCAGCAACGGCCUGGUUCCAAGUCCGGUCCAGACGCUUCACAUGCGCACCCAGGCUUGACCAUCCACCCUUCAAUCGACGCGGUGUUUGGCCAAGAUGCUUCGUGCCAGCUCGAACCUUUACCUAAGGGUGGCCUGGCCGUAAUCACGAUCGCCAACAAGCUGCACUUCCAAGUCGCCAAGCAGGCGCUCUUGACCGGCCGACACGUGCUCUGCGAGAAACCGCUGGCACUCAAAAGCGAGGAUGUCACAGAGCUCGACAAGAUCGCUAAGGAACGGGGCCUCCUCUGCAGUGCUUUCCAAAACCGUCGGUUCGACGGCGACUUUCUGACGCUAGGCUCCCUAUUCGAGACUUCGAACGAGACCUACCUCGGCGAGCCGCUUUUCUUCGAGUCACAUUUCGACCGUUUCCGGCCGCUAGCCAAAGGCGGCUGGCGCGAGGAAACACCUGCCGAAGAAGGUGGGGGAAUCCUGUGGGAUCUUGGCGCGCAUCUGGUGGAUCAGGCUGUAAGCCUUUUCGGUGCGCCCGAGUCCCUCCUGGCAAUAGUGCGCAACAGCCGCUGCCAGCAACCCGCUUCAAUCGACGAUUCUUUCCACCUGCACCUCUUCUAUCCUUCCCACAGCAAGACCCUGGACGCUAGUGCGCCGGCUGCAGGGACCAAGCCGGCCGGCCUACAAUGUCUGCUGAGUGCGUCCGUCCUCGCCGCACAAACGGAGGAUGCGCAGCUGCGCUUCAAGGUGCACGCGACGCGCGGCAGCUACGUCAAGCACGCGCUCGACCCGCAGGAGAACCAGCUCAGAGCGGGCCAGUCGCCCGGCUCGCACCCGGAAAGCUUUGGGAAGCAUGCGCCUGGCGCGAGCGAUUCGGAGCGCCUAGGUACGCUGACGAUAGUCGAGGAGAAGCAGCGCGAUUGGCUCAAACAACCCAGCGAGCCGACCAAGCCGCCCAAGCUGCUAGAAAGCAAAAUCGAAACGCGGCCGGGGCGUUACAUUGAUUUGUAUACCAAUCUGGCAGACGUCAUCACAAAGGUCAACUUGCUCCCCGAGACGGACGCACAGGCUAGGCGGGAGAUACUGGACAAACAAAAAAUCAAGAGCAGUCAGGUGGCAGUUGCAAUCCGUGUUCUGGAGCUUGCGAGGCAGAGUGCGAAGGAGGGACGCGUCGUUACUUUCUCCAUGGUAUGAGUUUAUAAAAGGAGCAACCAAGACCGUGUAAAGCAGCUUCAUGUACAGUACAA